CUUACACGUGAUUAGGAUACAAGGUAGCUCUGUGUACAGGUCUGUGAAUGUGGAGGCGCUAAUAUUCGAAGCCCAAUGUAAAUAUCACCCCUACACAUCCAUGUACGCAGGGCUAGAUACAAGGUACCGUCGGAGUCAGUCUGGUCGGAGUGGUAGAAGAAUCUUUAUGAACUUGCAUUACACUGGCAUUCAUCAUGGAAAGGAAUUAUAGCUGUCAGCAAGAGAUGCCAGAUAAAUCGAGUGCAAUAUUAAAUGAAAGCCAUCAGAGAAGUGGUGCUGCUACCAACUUAGCGAACUUGCCCAGGUCAAAAUUUGACUUGAAAGCUGAGAAUAUAAUGAAUAAUGAAGUAGAAAAAACAGUUGUAAAAGAAGUAAAUGAAAUAUCCACAUAUUCAUCUGCAACUAACAGAACAUAUACAGGUGAGAAACCAUAUCAAUGUAAACAUUGUGAUAAAAGGUAUGCAACAAAAAAAUAUUUGCGUCUACAUAUAAAAAAGCAUGAGGAUCCGAGUUAUCUAGAAGCAAAAUUACGCCAUGAGUGCGAAAGCUGUGGAAAAAAGUUCAGUAGUUCAAGUAUAUUGAAAUUCCAUCUUAUGGUCCAUGAUCGAAGCUUGAUGCCAUACCAAUGCAAAGUAUGUGAACAGAGAUGCAGAAGUCGAGCAGAAUUACUGAGUCACUCUAGGAAGCAUAUGCAAACGUGCAAUAAGAAGCAAGAAAGGACUCAUAAAUGUGACACCUGUGGGAAAAUGUUUGAGUAUCGCCAUGUAUUAAAAAGCCACCAACUCACACACAUCCCUAAAGAAGCAAGGCCUUGUGAAUGUAGAGUAUGCAAAAAGAGAUUUCAUACCCCCAUGCAACUUGAAAAUCACAUGAGAAUACACACUGGUGAGCGACCAUAUAAAUGUGAUCAGUGUGAAAACAAGUACACAUCCAAACAUACAUUGUAUAACCAUAUCAAGAAACAUCAUACAAAUACAACAAAAGAACAAAUGCGGCCACACCAGUGUGAAGUCUGUGGGAAGUGUUUUCAGCUCAAGAGUAAGUUGAAAGAUCAUUCUUUGUCACAUGUUAAGCCACUCCAAUGUUCUGAGUGUGGGAAGAGAUUUAGUAAGAAAUGUCAAUUAAAUGAACAUUCACUGACUCACACUAAUUACAAACCAUUUAGUUGUUCAAUCUGUGGAUUUAAGUUCAAGUCCAAAUACUAUGCCAUUCAUCAUGAGAGGAAUCACAAGGGAGAAUUUGUACAUAAAUGUGAAGAGUGUGGAAAAGGAUUCAAGUGGAACUACAGUCUCCAGAAGCACAUGGUCGAGCAUACACAAGUUAUGCCAUUCCAGUGUGAAACAUGUGGGAUGGGUUUUCCAGUAAAGGGACAUAUGAAAGUACACAUGAGGACACACACUGAUGAGAGGCCAUUUGAGUGCAAACUAUGCAAAAAAUGGUACAGAACCAAGACAAUAUUGAAAGAGCACAAUUUGUCACUUCACUCUGGUAAGACACCAUUCCAGUGCCAACAAUGUGGGAAAUCUUUUGCACGUAGCAAAUCUCUAGCGUUACACCUAAUUACACAUAGUGGGAAAAAACAUGGCCAAUGCGAGAUAUGUGGAAAACUAUUUACCCGUAAAGGGAAUCUUGUUGCUCAUAGGAGAAUACACACCGGUGAAAAACCUUUGCAGUGUGAAAAGUGUGGGAAAGUAUUUUCAUCUGCCAGCUGUCUUGCUCAGCACAUAGAAACGCACACCAAGAAUAAGCAGCAUCAAUGUGACAAAUGUGGAAAGUUGUUCCUGCUGAAAGUGCACUUAAAUAUGCACAUUCUUUCCCACACUGGAGAAAAAUCUUUUCAAUGCACCAUGUGCAGUAGGAGAUUUUCUCUUAAAUCCAGUUUAGUCAGGCAUAUGCAGUCACACACCGGUGAAAAACAGUUUCACUGUGAAACUUGCAGUGUGUAUUAUGCAACUUCAUCCGAACUGAAUCGUCAUGUAAAGAAGAAACAUACUUUUGAAAAAACAAUAUAUUGCAAACUGUGUGGAAAGGGUUUUUCCACCAGAUAUUUACUGGAACAGCACACCACUGAACACACAGGGGAAAAACCACACAAAUGUGACCGAUGUGGGAAUUGUCACCCCAAGGAGAGUGACUGUACUAGACAUAAACGAGCACAUUUGACAGAAAGUUUGGGUGAUGGAGUCUCUCUUACAGCAAGAAAUGACCAAGCAAUUCAGAAGCAAUUUCAAAAUAUAGACCAAAAAAAUUGUGAUUCUGUAAAUGUUUGCUUCAAGAAAAUAAAAAACGUAUUUAGGAAGAAACGAGGAGCUGAGGUUUUAGGGAUGACAUUUCUAUUUUAG